CAAAAAAAUCAGAAUGGACGCUUUGUGCAACAUGUUUUAUGUACGGCAUUUGAACAGGGACUUUACAGCGGCGAUUUAGAUUAGAUUUGGUGGAGUCUAUUCGGUAUUACGUGAGGAGCUGGUGAUACUGGUGAAAAUGCCCCGCUAUGCGCAGCUCGUAAUGGGGCCCGCUGGAAGUGGGAAGAGCACAUACUGCUCCACGAUGAUACAGCACGCAGAGGCCAUCAACCGCUCUGUACAGGUUGUGAACCUUGACCCCGCGGCAGAGCACUUUAACUACCCAGUUAUGGCAGAUAUCCGAGAGCUGAUCCAGGUCGACGAUGUGAUGGAGGAUGACACGUUGAGGUUUGGCCCCAAUGGAGGACUGGUGUUCUGCAUGGAAUACUUUGCCAGUAACUUUGACUGGCUGGAGGAAAGUCUUGGUCAUACAGAGGAUGACUACAUUCUUUUUGACUGCCCAGGUCAGAUUGAGCUGUACACUCAUCUUCCGGUCAUGAAGCAGUUGGUGGAGCAGCUGCAGCAGUGGGAAUUCCGUGUGUGUGGUGUGUUCUUGGUCGACUCUCAGUUCAUGGUGGAGAGCUUCAAGUUUAUUUCCGGUGUAAUGGCAGCUUUGAGUGCCAUGGUGGUGCUAGAAAUCCCUCAGGUCAACCUUAUGACCAAAAUGGACCUGCUUAACCCAAAAUCCAAGAAAGAAAUUGAGAAAUAUCUGGACCCAGAUAUGUAUUCAAUGAUGGAGGACAGCUCGACCACACUGAGAAGCAAAAAAUUUAAGAAACUCACCAAAGCUAUCUGCGGUUUGAUCGAUGACUUCAGCAUGGUGCGAUUCCUGCCCUUUGACCGCACUGAUGAGGAAGGUAUCAACAUUGUUCUUCAACACAUUGAUUUCUCUAUCCAGUAUGGGGAGGAUCUAGAAUUCAAAGAGCCAAAGGAAGUUGACGAGGAACCAAGCAACACAAAUUAUGAUGAGUUCUUCCAAGACAGAGUGGAUUCCUAAAGGCCCAGGCAAUGUUGUUGUCAUAGAAAUAUAAUUUCUCUGCCUGUGACAAAUUCAGCAAAUGAGAGCUGGAAGGACAUUUAAAAAAAAGGAAAAUCUUAGUUCCAUUGAUAUUGGGGCUCUCCAAACCUGGAAGUGCAAGACAUUGCUGUAGAACAGGGCCCCAGGGACUGACACAGACCAGGGUCCUCAAGAAUCUGUUCAUCACUGACUGCGUGAUUCUUUCUUUAUCCUGAGCAAUGCUUUCUCUUAUAGUAUAGUACAAUACUCAGAGUUGUAUAUUUAAGUAUUUUUUUCAAUAAAAAUGCCUAAAUUGGAGAA